AUGGUCAUUGAAAACAAGACGAGACGUCUCAAGCAACUAAUCAAAGUGGACGUGAACCGAUCGAUUCCAUUGGACAAAAUUCAGAAUUGGACAAAACAUCUUGCUGAUGAAGUGUUCCGCUCUAUUCCUGAUGGCGACGACGACUUGGACAUCGUCAUUACUCUCGAUUUUUCUGGAAACUCAGGAAUGCGAAAACACAUGAAGAAGAUGAUAAUGGAUUCAUUAGAAGAAGAACUUCUCCGAUGA